AUGACCGGCCAAGUGUGCCCCGUGGUUGGCACCACCAACACCGUCCUCCCUCCCAAACACCCGGACUUCGAUAUGAAUCAGCCAGGCCUCGUGUGCCCGGUCACGAAAGCCAAAACCGACCAUCACCACAACCUGCACAAACACCCGGGCAUCUUCGAGACUCCGGUCACCGAGGACGACAAGCUCCCCAACGCAGCGGCGUGCCCUGCCCUCUCCAAGAUUGUCAGCGAGCCCGAACAACAGAAAAUGGACGAGGCAAUCUGUCCGGUUGUCGGGGCCGUUUCCAGCGUGCUCCCGCCCAAUCACCCUUCGACGGCCGAAGCAAAGGACUCGGACGUCUGUCCUGUCACCAAUGCCUCGCUCGCUCACCACAAGAACAAGGUGCAGCCGCAUCCGAACCUGGAGACCGCACCAAAGGGCGCGGUGUGUCCUGUCGUGGGAGUCCCGGCAAAGGUUUGA